AUGGCUGAUAAACAAAUCAGUUUACCUGCCAAGUUGAUCAAUGGAGGGAUAGCUGGGCUGAUUGGGGUUACCUGUGUAUUUCCCAUUGACCUGGCAAAAACUCGCCUGCAGAACCAGCAGAAUGGCCAGCGGAUGUACACCAGCAUGUCUGACUGCCUCAUUAAAACAAUUCGGUCGGAAGGCUACUUUGGCAUGUACAGAGGGGCUGCAGUGAACCUGACCCUUGUGACACCAGAAAAGGCUAUCAAACUGGCAGCCAAUGACUUCUUCCGGCAUCACCUCUCCAAAGACGGGAAAAAGCUGACGCUGCUGAGGGAGAUGCUGGCAGGCUGCGGCGCGGGUACCUGCCAGGUGAUUGUCACCACUCCCAUGGAGAUGCUCAAAAUCCAGCUGCAGGAUGCAGGGCGAAUUGCGGCACAGAAGAAGCUGAUGGCAGCGCAGGCCCGGAUCUCCUCUUCCUCUGCGGCGGGGGCGGCGGAGCCGGCGGUGGAAAGGCGCACCACGGCCACGCAGAUAACGAGGGAGCUGUUGCGGAGCAAAGGCAUCGCGGGACUCUACAAGGGCCUGGGAGCCACACUGCUAAGGGAUGUCCCGUUCUCCAUUGUUUACUUCCCGCUGUUUGCAAACCUGAACAAGCUGGGCCAGAAAGACCCCAAUGUCAAAGCUCCAUUCUACGUGUCCUUCCUCUCCGGGUGUGUGGCUGGCAGUACGGCUGCGGUGGCUGUCAAUCCUUGCGAUGUGAUCAAAACGCGGCUGCAGUCCUUGCAGAGAGGAGUGAAUGAAGACACCUACUCAGGAAUCCUGGACUGCACCAAGAAGAUCUGGCAGAAGGAAGGGCCCAUGGCCUUCCUGAAAGGGGCAUACUGCAGAGCCCUGGUCAUUGCCCCGCUCUUCGGCAUCGCACAAGUCGUCUACUUCAUCGGCAUCGCGGAGUUCCUGCUGGACAUGCUCCCCAAGCACCGGGCCUAG